AUGGCGCCCAUGGCACGAGAACCCCCGAUGCAGAGCUCGAACUCUCUCGAUGGUGACUUACCCGAGCGGCUGGAGCGGCUUCGGAUUGAAACGAAGUCGCAGAAGCAGGAGCUCGCAGCCAUCGCUGAAGGGUGCGAAAGCAAGAGCUCCAGCUAUCUAACUGCGCACUCUCCCACUGUACAAAGCACUUCCGACGAAUUCUCAAACCGGAGACUGCGACGGCGACAGCAGAGCAUGGGAGCCGAUUUCAUCACGGCUUCCCCGGGGAAAGAACAGCACGAGCUUGGGAGCUCUUGGAUUGCGAAGGCCCGGCGCUGGGCCAAGUACUGUGUCGACAACAACUACAACACAAACAGUCUGGCUCUCGUGGUUCUUUUCGAUGCGUACCUCACGGCAAAUGAUAUUGAUGCCAGGGCUGCCGGAAAAGAGCCUUCGGCAUUUGUGCGCGCAUGCUCUGACAUAUGCCUCCUGCUCUACACAGCCGAGCUGCCCCUACUGUUUUUCGUUCGAGGGCGCCGCAUGCUGAAAGAUUGGAUGGUUUUGCUCGACAUCGUCAUUAUUACGUGUGGAUACGCUGAGUGGGUGUUGACCAGCGCGGGGGAUGCGUUGACGUCCAGGAUCAACAUCAACAUGCUGCGCCCGCUUCGUCUGGCAAGAAUUAUUCGCCUCAUGCAGUUCUUGAGGAAGACGCGCUCGUUGAAGGAGCUGCAGAAGCUGGUGACCAUGUUGGCAACAUGCCUCAAAACUUUGGUUUGGAGCUUCCUGUUUGGAUUCGUGGUCAUGACGAUGUGGGCCAUGUUGAUGGUUGAGAUCGUCCAUCCCCUCAUCCAUGAUGUUCACGAGCGAACGAACGUCUUUGGUGACUGUGGCCGCCCGUGCUUGCAAGCAGCAUCUUCUGUCAUGAAUGCCAACCUGUUGCUAUUCAAGACGGUGGUGGCGGGAGACAGCUGGGGUCUGAUCGCAAUACCUGUCAUACAGGACCACCCAGCAACAGCAAUCAUUUUUGUGGGUUCCCUCCUUACUCUGGUCUUUGGCGUACUGCAGCUCAUGGUUGCCGUCGUGGUUGACACCUUUGCCGAGGUUCGCGAGAACGACGUUGUAAACUUGGCAGCCGAGUUGGAGCACAGUCUCAAAAACGACCGGAAAUACUUGCAGAAAAUUUUCGAUCGCUUGGACGAAAGUGGGACUGGAGAGCUUACGUUGCAGAAUUUGAUGGACGGAGCUAGAAAAGACGCCGAGUUCCAGAGCCGCCUGCGAGUGAUGGACAUUGACGAGGUGGAUCUCCAGCAGCUGUUUGAGAUGAUCGACGCCGACGGUUCAGGUGCAAUCGAGGCCGCUGAGUUCAUUGCACCGUUGAGCCGUUGGGUGCGCGACUCGAAGACUGCACCGCGCUUCAUCAAGUACAAUCUUCAGCAAACUAUGCAGACGCAGGAAGAGCUUUUAAAGAUGUCGCAAUACGGUUUUGCCGUCAUGAAUCAAAGGAUCGAGGAGUUGUCCGAGACACUGAGAGGUAUGGACCUCGUGGCUCCGGACGAUGAAUCGGAUCUGUUUGACUUGGAUGGAUUCCCUGCGAAGUGCGUAGACAUGCCGGUGCGCAUUCUGCAGGGUUGGAAUCUGCGCAGGUAUGGCUUCUACCUGCACGUCUAUGCAGAUCCAGCUGCAGUAAUCUACCAGGUCCGGCAAGUGAAAAAGUUCUUUUUGGACGCACCAAUCUAUGUGAUGAGCGACGGCGGUUUGGACUUCACGACCCUGUGCAAGGAGGAGGGCUGCACGUUUGUGCUCUGCCCACCGGCGAACGAUCGCUGGCAUCCUUGGCCAUUUUUUCGCAGACUUUGGGAUGCAGCCAACAGUUUGGCCGUGAAGUACAUCGUCAUGUUGGAACCUGACAAUACCAUUCAUGGAUACCCGAAACGGCCCCCUGGGGCUGACCUUGGAGGCUUGCUGGUGCAGGGCCGCAGCUUCGGUUUGGUGCGGUAUGUGGAGAAGAUGGCGCAACAACGAAGUCCUGGUUUCAAGUGGACGCAGAAGAGCAUGUCUUCAGGGCUGUGCGGAGGCGCGUACUUUCGGCGUGAGGCAGUGCUGGAUGCUUUGUCCGAUGAGAGCAUGAUGAAGCUGGACUGGAACUAUCUAGGUGACAGAUUGAGCAAAGAGAUAUUUUCAUCCGAUUUUGCAAUGCAGUAUGCAUUUGCAGCUCGGGGCUGGAGAAUCGAACCUUGGGAGGAGACUGCACAGAUGGACAAGCAUCCUGACGAGCCCUUGACUGGAGCCAAAGAUGCGGCAUUCCGCCACUACUGCUCUUGCUAUCCCGGGGGCAAACCCACCUACAACCUCAAAGUUGCAAAGGCCGACGAGAGGCUCUUUAAGAGUGGUGGGUAUCAUAUGACCUCUGGUCCAUAUUCUUCAUCUGUCUGCCAAGUCUGCUACAACUCGACUCGGUACAUUCAGCUCUGGGGCUCUGCGAAGUGCACAAACACUAUUCCGUUCCAGCUUUCGGAGAAGCUGCUGAAGAGGCACCAUCCGGAGAUGGAUACAAAGCCGUGCAAUCUGGACUGGCUUUGCGAGGUCGGACGAAUGCGUGGUCGAGGUUUGGAAGUUGCAGGUCCGACUCCAACUAUAGAUCCGCAGGCAAAGUACCUGUUGCUGGAGCAGCCCACCGCAGGCUGCCCGGCUGGUACCAAGAGCCUGGAGUCUGUAGGUGAAUGCAAAGCAGCUGCUGCAAGGCUACAACGGACGCUAGCGUACGAAGACGAGAUCUACCAAGAGAACGACCCUCGGGGUUGCGUGUUUCGCGUACCUGACAAUGACCUGUACUUCAAUGAUGCAGAAGAAGGCAAAGCGAACUCAGCGCGACGCCUGGUCUGCAGAGAGAACUGA